UCCCUCCGCCUCCCUCCCCCCCAUCCCCUUUUUUUUUAAUUUUGCCGCCCCCCCUCAUUUCUCCCAGCAACGCCGCCCCCCGCUCCCCCCCGCAGCAAGAUGGUGCAGAAGAAAUCAGAGAUCCCGGGAUUCCACCGCUCCUUCAAGGGGCAAAACCCUUUCGACCUGGAGUUCGACCAGUCCAACCACCUGGAGCCCGUCUUCAACUUCGAGUGCCCGCCCCGUCCCGACAUGCCUUCAAGUCAACCCAUCGACAUCCCUGAUGCCAAGAAAAGGAACAAGAAGAAGAAGCGCUGCAGAGCCACCGACAGCUUCUCGGGCAGGUUCGAAGAUGUUUACCAGCUGCAGGAGGAGGUGCUGGGAGAAGGGGCCCACGCCAGAGUGCAGUCCUGCGUGAACCUCAUCACCAACAAGGAGUACGCGGUGAAGAUCAUCGAGAAGCGCCUGGGACACAUCCGGAGCAGGGUUUUCCGGGAGGUGGAGAUGCUCUAUCAGUGCCAGGGACACAGAAAUGUGCUGGAGCUGAUUGAGUUCUUCGAGGAGGAGGAGAGGUUUUACCUGGUGUUUGAGAAGAUGAGGGGAGGCUCCAUCCUGACCCACAUCCACCGGAGACGCCACUUCAACGAGCUGGAGGCCAGCGUGGUGGUGCAGGAUAUCGCCAGCGCCCUGCACUUCCUGCACAACAAAGGGAUUGCACACAGGGAUCUGAAACCAGAAAAUAUCCUGUGUGAGAGCCCAGACCAGGUCUCCCCAGUGAAGAUCUGCGACUUUGACCUGGGAAGUGGCAUCAAACUGAACGGCGACUGCUCCCCCAUCUCCACUCCGGAGCUGCUCACCCCGUGUGGCUCAGCCGAGUACAUGGCCCCAGAGGUGGUGGAAGCCUUCAACGAGGAGGCCUCAAUCUAUGACAAGCGCUGUGACCUGUGGAGCCUGGGUGUCAUCCUGUACAUCAUGCUGAGUGGGUACCCCCCCUUUGUGGGCCACUGUGGCUCUGACUGCGGCUGGGACCGGGGUGAGGCGUGCCACACCUGCCAGAACAUGCUCUUUGAGAGCAUCCAGGAGGGGAAGUAUGAAUUUCCUGACAAGGACUGGGCACACAUCUCCUUUGGAGCCAAAGACCUCAUUUCCAAGCUGCUGGUGAGAGAUGCCAAGAAGCGGCUCAGCGCAGCCCAGGUCCUGGAGCACCCCUGGGUGCAGGGGUGUGCCCCGGACAAUACCCUGCCAACCCCCAUCAUCCUGCAGAGGGCACAGAGAGAUGUCUUCCUUUCCUCCCACGCUCCGGCUGGCGGCUCCCCGUGGGCAUCCAGGGCUGUGCUCUUGUGCCAGGUCAGGUGUUGCACCCUGGGUUUUGGAAGGGCUGGUGGCUGUGCCCCUGGGGAAGUGCAUGGGGCAUGAGGUGUUCAGGGUGGCCAGAGCAGUCAGAAACACUCUCUGGGAGUUGUGUGCUCUGUGGAAAGCAAGGACCCCCUUAAAGAGCAUCAGGACCUGCUGCAGGACAGUGAGACCUGCCGUGGCUUCAGGCUGGCCCCGAGGCUGCCGUGGCAGGAGGGUUGGGGGGCACAGAGGGUGCCCAAUGCCCCGGGGGUGCCAAUGGGUGAGCAGUCAGGCUGGUGGCAGCAGCCAAAGGCCAGGGCACAGGGGAGCAGCCUGGGGACAGCUCAGGAUGCAGGGCUGGAAGGUUUGGGGUCAGAGCAGAAGGGUGUUGAGCAGGGAGAGCGCUGGUGUGGGUGGUCAUGCACGUGCAUCCCUGCUCACGUGUGUCCAGCCAUGCACGGCGUUGCCCUUUCCUUGGAGUUUGUUUGGGGCGGGAAGGACUCGGGAUGCUGAGUCGGGGCGAGGCCCUUGGCUGAUUUCUGAGUCUGUCCAGGGGAGCUCAGGGCCAGACCGGCCUCCAGAUCCCCCUGACACCCCCUGCUCCCUGCCACAGGCACUGCUUGGGGUUGUGCCACCAAGCUGUGCCUGCUGCCAGCCCCCAUCCCACUGGGAAGGCAGUGCCCCCUUCACACCUUCCUCCUGUCCCUUCUGACUCAGUGCUUUGAGCUUUAUAUUUUGCAAAAGCAGCCUCGGCCCAUUGUGUGCACAGGUGAGGGUUUGGAGCUCUGAGCUGGGGAACAGACUUCCCUGGGUCUUCAGCUGAAGACAGUCGCUGUCUCUGAAAAAAAAAAGAAAAGAAAGUUCUCCUUUUUAUUUUAAGACUGCUGACAGCAAUACUAUGCAAUAUAUGUUGUUUUUUGUUUCAGGGAGGUGUGUGUGUUAUCUUGGGGGAUGAUGAUCUCGGGUGUUGAUGGAGUUUAGGGCAGGGGCCAUCUUCUCUCACCCUUCCCAGCCUUUCUGCUGCCCCAGGGGGGCUGGGGAGGGUGACUCCAUCCCCAUCCCACCCCCAAAACUGCCUCGCACUUGUGAUCUCCCUCUCCCCUGUGUGUCCCCAGUCCCACUGUGCUGGGUGGGGAGGAGCAAGGCAGUGGUGAGGGGAGACCCUCCCCACAGGCACCAGGACACCCUGGAGAGGCCUCCUUUAACAGAGAAAAAAAAAAAAUCCAUCUUGAUUGUACGUUGUUACUUUUUAUAGCUUAUUUUGUUUUAUCAGUUGUAGAUAAUUCCUUGUUGUCUUAUAUUAAGAAAUACUUGAAUGAUGUACAGUACGCGAUGCCUUGAGCUGGUAUUGUGAAGCUAUCGUUGAUGCUGCACGCUGCAGCCUUUUUUUAAAAAAAAAAAAAUCAUGGGAAGGGGAUGGCAGGGGGAUGUCUCCAAAAUUUAUCUGUCCCCCGUGCUGUUUUUGUUGGCAAACUGAGUUUCCCCUUUUCCCCGACGCAUAAGAGCGAUCUCUUUUAUAUCUCUAUAUAUAAAUACCCCACACACUCUGGGGAAGGCCUGGGUGACCCUGCCUGUGUCCCGUGGGUGUCCUUGGCCGGGGAUGUGCAGCCAGGAGAUGCUGUGGGAGUUUGUGGGACUUGGAGGAUGUGCUGGGAGCAUCCGAGCUCGGCCUGGGCUCGGAUUUGUAUUUUGGGUGGGGUUUGGUGUGGCCCUGGCACCCCUGGCAUGGUACUGGGGGUGACCUCAGGUCUGUGCAUUGGUAGAGAAUCUUUAAAUGCACCUAGAGCUGGGAUGGACUGGAAAACCUCCAGCCUGGCUGGUGGCAGCGCUGGGCACCCACCCUGGCAGGGCAGGCAUGGCUGGGGACACCCUUGUGCCAGGGCCAGACGUCCCCUCCCCGCUGCCAGCACUGCUCCUGGGGCGGUUUCCAGACAGAUGCUCCCGUGGUCCAGCACCAGCGACCCCAGCACCCUUCUUCCUCCUCUUCCUCUUUCCAAACUUUCCCCCCCAUAGAGCAUCUAUCUUGGAAACCAACUUCAAAAUUAUUUUUUUUUUUUAAGCUGGAAAUGUUAAGUGUUUUUGCUUCCUCCUCUUCCCCCCCCACCCUUCCUCCAGCCAACUAACUCGACUUAGAACUGGUUAGAAAUGUUUACUGUGAAGCUAACUCUUUUUUAUCAAACCAGGAGAAACUUUCUCCACUUUACAAUUGAUGAAGACUGCCAAAGCUGGUUCAACAAGAGUCACGUUAACGCACUGUUGGUUUGUGCAACAGCGGCCUCUGCUCAGGGGCUGGCUGGGAAAUUAAAAUGAAAAUAUUAAAAAAAAAAAAAAACAAAAAAAAAAAGACAAAAAAACAAAAACAAAAAAAGAAAAAAACAAACACACAAAAAGAAGCACUUUACUGUAUGUACCAGGUGAUCUGAUACAGCUGAAUUGAAGUUUUCCUUUAUAACAAUUGUUGAUGCCAGAAUUUUGUAUUCUGUUUUGUAAGAAUUUAAUAAAAAUGCAUUGAGACCUA